UCAGUCAUGGCAGCUGCCAGUGAGACGCUCCUGAAUCCCGACAGUUGUGGAUGUUUCAGAGACAUUUAGCGAAAUAAAACGAGAGCCAACGGCGGACAGAUGCUGUUUUUUUUUUAUUAUUAUUAUCAGAGCCACGAUGGAGUAACAAGCCGGCGGCGGGGAAACUUGUGAUCUGUUCUGGAUGGAACCGACGGGUCUACAAGACGUUUUCAAAUGUAUAACACUAUCCAUUGCAGCAAUGGAGGAUAUUGGUCUCUCUCCCAAACCCACCAAUGACCCCCCAGUUCACAGACCCACAGUCUCUGAGACUUUCGGGCUGCAUCACAUCCCAGCAGACCAUCUGCAGGUCAGUGAUGCGAGCAGGAAAUCUGAGGUGGACAGAGAUGGAGCGUCGAGGAUAAGUUCCCAAUCUGUGAUCACAGCAGAGUCUCAGAUGAUUCCCCAGUUUCCUUUACAGAUCCCUUCACCUGUGGGUGCUGACACUACACUCCUUAAUACAGCUGCCAAAAACGGAAACACUAAUUUGGAUAAGGUAUGCGCAGCGAGAGCCAAAGUCAAAGUCACAGAUCCAUUCAAGUGGAAGCAAAACAAGCAGAAACAGCUGAGAAUGGAGGGAAAAGCAUAUGUAAGCAAACGCAAAAAAGACGGCGAGAUUGUAACCAAGCAGUCCAGAGCAAUGGGACCAAGAUGCACCUCGAAUGCAUGCAAAAAGGCAUCGAACCGGCUCUGCAGUGAAAUCACAGAAGAGGCGAGGAAGAGAGUGUUUGAUGAAUUCUGGCAGCACAUGAACUGGUCUCAGAGAAAACUGUAUGUGGCAGGACAAGUCGACCGCGACCCUGUGGAAAGAUCUCGGGCGGUGGGCUCGCAGUCUAGGAGAUCGGUUUCACUACGUUAUCACUUGAUGGUGGAGGGCAAAAGGAAGCAAGUGUGUAAGAAUAUGUUCCUGUCCACGCUGGGGGUUGGAGAGUGGUCUGUGCUCAACUGGGCGCAGAGAGGAAUCAAGAAAAAGACAGAAUCAAAUGAAAACAAGUCAGAAAAGCGGCUGCCUGUGCCUCGGUGCCCACAGUGGAUCCCUGCUCCUAUAGCUCUCAGCAACACUAUGGAAGUUACUCGGGAACAAGUGAAUCCCACUGACAAAGAACCAGAGGGGCCAAUCAGAAAGAAAUCCAGAGUGGCCAAGCCGCUAACAUGGAAACAAAAUCGACAGAAGCAGCUUAGGAUGGAAGGAAAACCGUACAUCAGCAAGCGGAAGAAAGACGGUGCAACUGUAACUAAAGCUCAGAGAACAAUGGGACCAAGAUGCACAUCCAGCGCCUGUAAAAGGGCAUCAAACCGCUUCUGUGCUGACUUCAGUGAAGAAGCAAGAAGCCAACUGUUCACUACUUUCUGGCAGUGUAUGAACUGGGCUCAGAGAAAGAUCCACGUGGCUGGACUAGUCGACUGCAAUCCGGUGGAAAGAACCCGAGCACCGUGGACACAGUCGAAAAGAUCAGUGUCGAUGCGAUACCAUUUGUUAGCCAACGGUGAUAGAAAACAAGUGUGCAAAAAGAUGUUCCUCUCCACUUUGGGGAUUGGAGAGUGGUCAGUGCUUAACUGGGCACAAAGUGCAUCCCAGCUGGACAAUUCCGCGGAAAACACUACGAAGCGAACACAGAGGAAGUCUCGUAAAGCCUCAGAGCAUGUUUUCCUGAAGGAGUUCCUCGAGAGUUUACCCAAAGUGCCCUCUUACUGCUUUGGGACGUCCGUGUCUAAGCUGUAUCUCGAGCCAGUCUUCUCAAACAUGUCGGAGGUGUACAGGCACUACUACAACCACUGCUUAGAGAAGAAGGCGACGCCGCUCUCUCGGCAGGUUUUCUGUGCCGUAUUUAAAAAGAUGGAUUUAGGACUGUGCGACUCUAAAAAGGAUCAGGCUUUUUCUUUUGGUACAACAGGAAAUAUAUUUAAUGAGCUCUGGGAGGAAUACUGUAUGGAAAGAGGAGCUCAAGCAGAGAAAACUGGUAACUAGUAGAGGAGGAUAAAUGUUGGAGAUCAUUGCUAUGUUAUUACCAGCUGAGUAUUCCUCCAUUCAAACAACUAUACUUAAUGAUCUUCAUUAUCUUCCAUUAAGCACAGGUAGUUGUUGUUUUUUCAGCAGCCCAACUGUCUCCACGCAGCUGAAACAGUUGUUUGACCUAAGUGUAAUAAUUUAAGCACUACAUCCGUUUUGUCCAAGUUGCUCCUUUGAAAUUUAAGUUAUUUUGAGACUCUUUGUCAGCCAUCAAAUGGCAUCACUGCAGAAUGUGUAAAAGAAUUUACUAAAACAUUCAUGUGCCAAUCUGCUGUUGUGAAUGUCAGUGAAUGUGAAUGCUCAACGUGUCUGAAAGGACUUGAAACUGCUCAAAGUAUUUAUUUUUCCUUGUGAAUUAAAUAGGAACACAUAACCGAA